AUGGAUAGACAAACCUGCAGCCACUAUGGUUGCUCUGAUCAACGACGAUCGACGACGACGGCUGCGGCAACGGUAGAUGACGAUCAGUCACGCGCGGGCCCAUCACAAUAUCGUCCAACUCGACACACCUCGUCUUCAGCAUCGCGAUCACGCUCCUACCCCAUCCACUCCCCCUCAGAAACCCCAUCACCAUCGCUCUACAAACAGGCCACCGACUACGCGCGCUCCCUGCAAUGGACCAAGGAAGAGACCGAUGAAUUCCUCCUCCAGAACCGCACCGUCGUCACCGCGGGCACCGCCUCGCUCGUCUCGACCGCCGCCUCGUUCCCGUUCGACUCGGUGAAAUCGCGCCUCCAAGUGCGCGACUACCCGUCGAUAUGGGCGUGCGCCAAGUCCGUCGUACGCGAAGAAGGCUUCCGCGGCUUCUUUCGCGGCGUCACCAUCCCUUUGAUCACCAUCUCGUUCGUACGCACCUCGUCCUUUUCCAUCUACUACAACACCAAGGCGGCGCUGCAUCGCAACGGCAUCUUUGACGACUCGUCGCGGUUGAUACACACGGCGCUGUCGGGCGCGGCGGGCGGCGCGACGAGCGGCAUCAUCAUCUCGUGCGGCUCGGCGCCGUUUGAGCUGGUCAAAGUGCAACGCCAGUUGGAGUACCUCAUCGCCGUGCAGAAGGGUUUGGUGAAGAAGAACACCUCGGCCAACGGAGGCGGGCGGACGUUUGUGCCUCAAUCGGGCUUCCAAGCCGCCGCAAACAUCUACAAGAACUUUGGCGGCAUCAAGGGCUUCUACAUGGGCUUUCCGUUGCAUAUGGCGAGAGACACCUUUGGUACUGCGCUCUACUUUGGCUUCUACGACUCGAUCCGCAAGCUCGUUACGCGCCACUCGACGUCGGAUUCGAUAUCCGGUCCGAGCCUGUACGGCAUCCCGGGACCCGUCGUUUCGUUCCUAUCCGGUUCGUCAGCAGGUAUCCUCUCAUGGAUGAUCCUCUACCCGGUGGACCUGAUCAAGACCAAGGUGCAGCGCGACGCCCUCGCCGGCAACCCCAAGCAGUUUACGGGCUGGCAGACGUUCAUGCACAUGAUCCGGGAGCGCCCGAUCGUCCAGGAGGAAGGCGGAAAGCAACGGAUACUGAAGACGGACACGUUCCUAGCGAGAUUCUUGCGGUUGUAUCGCGGACUGGGCGUUUCGGCGCUGCGCAGCUUCAUCUCUCACGGUCUCACCUGGACGUUGAUCGAGACCAUCUCGGGCAAAAUUACGGAGAGGACGGGUCAGUCGGUGUCGUAUGCGCCAGAUGCCAAGCAGGAAGAGUGA